UUCAGAUUACACCGUUAACCACGUGAUCUCUAUGGCGGUAGAGACGGACAAGUGUUUACAAAAAUUGCUCUAAUAAAUAUUUGGGCCUAAAAUAUUUAUUGAGAUGCCAAAACGACAAAGAAAUGACAAACACAGUCAAGGCGAUGGCAGAAACGGUAAUGAUGAGACAUCAGCCAAGAAGAAGUCGCGUCCAUCUAUGUUAUCAGACGUUGAAGAUGUUUCAGAUGAUAGCAACUCUCAUACGUCUCAGAACCCAGACUUUCUCUAUCAACCAACCAUGGGGGAACAAUGUCAGAUUGGGUACAUUCAAAAGAUUGUCUUGAAGAACUUCAUGUGCCACCACAAGCUGGAAGUGAAAUUUGGUCCGCAUGUCAACUUUAUUAUCGGCAGAAAUGGAAGUGGGAAAAGUGCUGUGGUCAGUGCCAUUAUUGUUGGUCUUGGCGGCAAAGCUUCAGCAACAAGUCGAAGUAAUUCUGUAAAAAGUUUUAUCAAAAAUGGCAAACAGUCAGCUGAAAUAAUAAUCCACCUGAGUAACGAAGGUGCUGAUGCCUUCAAACCGGAUCUCUUUGGGAAUCAAAUUGUGAUUGAGCGUAAAUUAUGUCGUGACGGAGUAAAUGGUUACCGUAUUAAAUCAAGCACUGGUCAAAUAAUUUCAACCAAACGAGAAGACCUACGCAAUGUCUUGGACAGUUUCAACAUCCUCGUUGAUAACCCUGUGGUCAUCUUAAAUCAAGAAAUCAGCCGCAGCUUCUUACAAUCAAAGAACGCAAGUGACAAGUACCGGUUUUUCCUCCAAGCCACCCAACUUGCUCAAAUCCAAGCAGAUUAUGAUGAAAUGAAGGUACAGAAGAACUCGGCUAAAGAAAUUCUUGCUAAAAAGGAAGAGUCUUUCCCUGAGCUGGAAUCAGAAGUGAAAGAAUGGGAGAAAAAAUACAAAGCUUUCUCUGCCCUUGAGAACCAGAAAGAGAAAAUAAAAGCUCUCAAGUCUGAAAUGGCAUGGUCUUUGGUCAUUGAGAAAGAAUCGCAUUUGGCACCGCAUUUAAGAGAAAAAUCUGCUGAACAAGCUCGGUUACCGAAAUUUGAACAGAAAGUAACAGAAAGCAAUACAAAACUUCAAAAAACAAAAGAAAAGGUUGAAGAUUUGAAAAACAGAUCAAAGGAUUUAGUAACGAAGGAAAAAUCUCUUUUACCAGAACUUAAAAAAGGAAAGGAGAAGUUAAAUAACAGUAAAGCAACAUUACGAUCUAAAGGGAUAGAAAUCAAGAAAGUUGAAAACAGUAUUCGGAACUUAGAACGAGAUGCUGAGCAAAUUAAAGAAAGAAUUCAUGAAAUCAAAAACAGCGAUGUACAGCAGAACUAUGAGGUGGAGAAGCAGAGGCGUGAGACGAAAAUUAAGGUUCUGAAGAGCCGUAUUGAAGAAUACGAAAAGCAGAAGCAUAAGUUUGAGAAUCAGGUGGAAACAUUUCAAGAAGAUGUAUCAAAGUACAAGGACGAAAGGUCUCGCUUUGAUACUGAACUAAGAAAUAUCAAAAGAACUAUAGAUUACAACCAGAGAGAACUGGACAAUUUAAAGCUGUCUGUGAAAGACAAUUUGAGGAAAUACGGUUCUCACAUUCCUGACAUCAUGGCUCACAUUGAAAUGGAUUUCAAACGGAAACGAUUCCACAGAAAGCCAGUUGGACCUUUAGGUGAAUGGAUCAAAGUGAAGGAUCCUCGAUGGGCAUUGGCGAUUGAGGUUUGUCUGAAAAGCCUCAUCACUGCAUUUUGUGUACACGAUCAUGAUGAUUGCAGUCAAUUGGAGAAAAUAUUCAGGGAAGUGUCUCCAAAAAGUAAACCCCCAUCAUUUAUAAUUAGCCAAUUCCAGUCACAUCUUUAUGAUGUUUCUAAGAAUACACCCAAAAAUUGUCCCUAUCCAACGAUCUUGGACAUGCUGGAUAUAAAGAAGGCUGUUGUUGGCAACUGUCUAAUUGAUCAGCGAACAAUAGAAAAUAUUAUUUUAAUUGAAGAUCCUACUGAAGCCAGAAAGUUUAUGAGAAGACAUUCGUUACAGUUUAUAAGAGAAGCAUUCACAUUAGAAGGUGACCAAAUAUUUCCUGAACCCAACUAUCGUUAUUAUUCAAGUAACAGUAACCAUUCCCAGUAUUUAUCAGCAAAUAUGGGAGAUGUUAUUACAAACUGUGAAAACCAAUUAAAAUCAAAGCUAGACGAGCAAAGCUUCAUGCAAGAACGCAUGAACAGCGUAUGUUCGUUGAUGAAUUCGAAAAUGCAAGAAGAAAGGAAAGCUUCAAACGAGAUUAAGAAACUUAGUGGUGCUUUACGCAAGUUGAAUCUAGAAAUUGAAGAAUUGCAGAUCUUAGAUGACAUUGAACCGAUUGAUGUGAUGGCGCUUGAAGAAGAGCAUAAAAAGAUAACCAGCAGCUUAUCAAAGCACAAAGAAUCUUAUGCGGAAGAGAAAGAGAAAUAUAAGAAGAUACAGUCGGAGACGAGUGAAUUGGAUCGAGUCUUCUCAGAAAAAGAGCAACAGUUGAGGUCGCUUACAUCUCAGUUGGAAACUAUCAGGGAGGAGGAGGCACGGCUUCUGACCGACCAUGCUGAAGCAAAGUCUUAUUAUACCCACUAUGAAAAAAAAUUUGAUGAACAGCAAAAGAAAAUAUCUCAGAAAAUUGCCAUUAUAGAAAAAAUAAAUGCUGAAAUCAAGGUGGACGAAGAGAAAGCAUGUCUUAUCUGUCCAGACAGAAUUAAUACUCGACGAACAACACAGAAUAUUCAAAGUGAGAUAACAGAGAUAAAUAAACGUGUUGAAGCGACAGAAAGGAGACAAGGAGACUGUGAUUUUACAACUCGUAGAUACCAUGAAACCAAAGAGGCCUUGCGAAAGAUCAGGAAAGAAGUUGGUUCAUUAAAAAAUUUUUUAAAUCAUUUAGAACAAGUGAUGGAAGUACGAGACAAAGCCUACAAAUCCUGCCGUCAAGUCAUUGCUUUGAGGAUGAAGCAGGUCUUUAUAGUGUUCCUGCAUAGCCGCAACUAUAUGGGACAACUCAACUUUGACCACGACAAGGGUCUACUUGAAAUCACUGUAAACCCGAUGAAUUCUGAUGGAAAAUCCUGUAAAGAUGUGAAGUCAUUGUCUGGUGGUGAACGCUCCUUCGCCACCGUUUGCUUCAUCCUGGCCCUUUGGUGUGGUACUGAGUCACCUUUCCGCUGCCUUGAUGAGUUUGAUGUGUUCAUGGAUAUGGUCAACCGUCGAAUCUGUAUGGACAUGAUGUUGCAGGUAGCGAAGGAGCAGAGAGCCCGCCAGUUUAUAUUUUUAACCCCUCAAGAUAUGAGCCACCUAAAUUACCCAAUGUCUAGAAUUUUCCGUAUGCCUGAUCCUGUACGUAUGAAAGGUGGGCAGAAAACUCUAAAUCUACAGCCAGCAGCCAAUGAAGACGAUGAAGAUGAGGAGGCAGCAUGAGUGUGUUGCUAGGGUUACAAUUUCAAAUUCAAACAAGAAAAGAAAAAAAUAAACAAAUACAAGGAGAAAAGAAUAUA